UGUGCAAAAAAGUUUCUGCAUAUCAUUACUCUUUUUAUUAUUAGGGUUAUUUUGUGCAUCAACAAUCUUCUUUGCUUUAUAUAUAUGCAGUUCAAAAGAUGUAUCCAUCAUACUGUGCAACUAAGUUAGUGAAACUUGGGGUUUUGCUUCUGCUUGUAAGUAUAAUUUUCGACUUGUCUCUUGUGGCUGGCAGUGCUGUUGGGCGGAGAGGUGUGGGUGGCCAUGGUGGUGGUGCCCAUGGUGGAAGCGGGCACGGUGGUAAAGGUGGUCAUGGUCGUGGUAUUCUCCCGGGUCCUGGUAGAGUUCUACCCGCUCCUCAUAGAAGCAGUGCAUCCACCCCUACUAACCUGUUGCUUAGCCCAACCUUGCCUCCCCUGAUUUCCUUCUCAGCGAUUCUCUUUGUGGAUUAUGCUCUUAUUUUUUAGAAUUAGCCUAGCAUUCAAGAUUAUGUAAUUAAUAAUAUAUAGAUUUUUUUUUC